UUAAAGCUCCAGUGGUUUUCUGAAUAACCCAGAAUUUUUUGGAGAAACCGACAAGUUCUUGUAUGACAAAAGGAAAACUAGGACCGUGAAAGUUUAAUCGCUUUAAACAAACUGAAUUGCGGUCUUUGAGCCUAAUGUCUUGCGAUUUGUGAAUUAUUUAAAAAUAACAAAGAUAGUAAUAAUCAAAAUAGUUUGUCCACAUCUCAAAUGUCAACAGUUCUAAUAAGGAGGUUUUUUUUGUUUGUUUGUUUUACUAGAAAGAAAGUUUAAUCUGCUCUAAUCAGUUGUAGGCUUCACCCUCCUACACAGUCCUGACAGUGACGAGCAAGGUCCACAGAUCGCUGGAUUUAAAGCUGAACAGUAAAUUCUUCAGACACUUGCAUUGGAAAACAAGAAAAAAAUACAGAGGAAAGAUCAUUACUUUUUUGUCCUGUGUGAUCAGCAGGUUAUCUCCUGAUAAGGUGCUAGAGGAAUCUUCUCGACCUCAACCAGCCCAACAUCAGAGAUUCAAGAUCCAUAAUCAAUCAAAAUGCGAUGGUGUAAAAGCACAAAGGUCAUCUUCGUGGUUCUGUUUAGCACUGCCAUCUUUACUGUGACCAUACAUAAAGUUCCUUAUGGACAUUUUAAAGAUUUGGUGAACAAUAGCAUGGUGGAACGUUUCCUUCGUGGUGAACCCUGUGCCUGUAUGGAGCGCUGUCUGGCUGCGAGUGACGACAUGUGGUUUGCUGAACAUUUCAAAAAAGAUGUCCCACCAGUGCUCUCUCUCAAUAACAGCGUCUUCCCUGACCUCAUCUUUAAAUGGUGGCAGUCUCUACAAUCAAGGAGCAAAGCUAAUUACUCCCAAGUGAUUACAGAGCUGUUUUCUGUCAUUCCUGGAGAGGAAUGGUACAGAGAUGAUGGCCCGUCCCGCUGCCGAACAUGUGCUGUGGUGGGGAACUCUGGGAACCUUUUAGGAUCAUACUAUGGUCCUAUUAUAGACAACCAUGAUUUUGUAUUCAGGAUGAAUAAGGCACCAGUUGAAGGCUAUGAGAAAGAUGUGGGAUCCAGGACGACCCAUCGUAUCAUGUACCCAGAAAGUGCCACCCACCUGGACAACAACACACACCUGGUGCUGUUGCCCUUCAAAACACUGGAUAUCCAGUGGGUCACCAGUGCUCUAACUGAUGGAUCUAUCAAACGAACACGGUUUAAGGUUAUAGACAAGCUACAAGCCAACAAGGACAAAGUGAUGGUUAUGCACCCUGCUUUUAUGCAUUAUGUGCACAACACGUGGCUGCACAUUAAGUCUCGAAGAUCUUAUCCAUCUACUGGUUUCCUUGUGCUAAUAUUCGCUCUGCACAUUUGUGAUGAGGUCAGUGUGUUUGGCUUUGGCUCGAACAGUAAAGGCACCUGGCACCACUAUUUCGAAAAAACACCCAAGUCUUUCAAACGCACUGGUAAACACAGUGGAGGGAUUGAGCGCGAGACCAUCUUAGAACUUCAGGAGAGGAAGCUGAUUGACCUAUACACAGGGUGGUGAAAAAGAUAAUGACAUUGAGUAGCGUGUUUAUUUAUUGAUAUUUACUUUUAUUUAUGAUAAAUAUAAUGAUUCACACUUUGGUCAAACGGUUUGUCUCUGUACGGUUUUAGCUUUUUUUUUUUUUUAUAAAUGAAUGUUCAGUCAGCAUUGACUCUCUAUAUUGAUCAAAAAUGGCAGUAAAGUCUAAACAAAACAAAUUCUAUUUCAAAUAAAUGCUCUUUACAAAAAAUAAAAAAUACAGUUGUUAAUUCUGU